UUGAGACGCCUCGCAGCAACCGCUGGCCGCGCGCCGCCCGGGAGCUGCGCCCCUUCCUCGCCCCCGACCCCUGGCUCUGGGCGGCGCUGGUGGGGCCUCCUCCGCCCCCUGGCAGCUUCCCUUUCCAUGUCCCCGCCCUCUCCCCCCGUCCUGGGCUUCCCUUUCGCCCCCGCCUGCCUUCUCUCGCGGCCCCAUGGCGGCGGAACAGCUGGAGCAAAUCCUUUCGCACUUGCUGCAGCCUGACAAUGCCAUCAUCCAACAGGCGACAGCCCAGCUGAAAGUAGUACUAAAGCAACCUGCAGCUCUUUCCCAUCUGUGCCAUGUGAUGACACAUUCACAGGAUCCUCAGAUCCAGCAGUUUGCUGCCGUGUUGCUGAGAAGGCGGCUGACCAAACAUUGGAAGAAAAUUAGCGCAGAGGAGCAAGAUAUGCUCAAGACAUUGGUGCUAAACAGCUUGCAACAGCAGACAGACCAUAAAGUUUCCCUGAGCUUAGCCCAGCUGGCUGCGGUCAUUCUGAAGAACGAGACGUUGGAGAAGUGGCCACAGAUGCUUCAGAUCAUUCAACAUGGAGCCCGUUCCCGAGACCCCAACAAGUGCCAGAUGGCGUUGCUACUGCUGCAGUCUGCUGUGGAGCUGGACCCGGACCUCUUCUGCCCCUACUACAAGGACCUCCUGCGCCUCUUCCAUCAGACGCUCAACAACCGGGGUCAGGCGGCCAUCCUCUACUACUCUCUGCGGAGUCUGAGUGCUGUGGUUGGCGGGCUGAGCUCUGACGAAGUGAACCUGAUGUCUUCCAUGGUGCCCAAAGUGAUAGCAGCCAUCCGAGAACUCAUUCACGUUAACGAGGUCCAGGCAAGCGAAGCGAUGGAGGUUUUUGAUGAACUCCUGGAGACCGAAGUUGCCAUCGUGGUCCAGCAUCUCUCAGAGGUCAUGAGCUUCUGCCUGGAGGUAGCCUCCAAUCGGACGCUGAGCGACGGCCUGCGGGUGAAAGCGCUCUCCUGCAUCAGCUACCUCAUCAAGCUGAAGAGCAAGGCCAUUUUGAAGCACAAACUCCUCUCGCCCAUCCUAAACACCCUCUUCCCCAUCAUGAGUGCGGAGCCACCUCCAGGCCAGAUGGACUUGGAGGAUGAGUUGACAGAGGAAGACAUCGAAGACCAGGCAGAAGUUCAGACACCCAAACACUUUGCAGUCCAGGUGGUGGACAUGUUGGCGCUGCACCUGCCCCCGGAGAAGCUCUUCCCUCAGCUGACUCCCCUGAUGGAGCCAGCGCUUUUGAGCCUCAAUCCGUACCACCGGAAGGCUGGGCUCAUGUGCCUAGCGGUGCUGGCAGAAGGCUGCGGGGAUCACAUCCGCAACAAACAUCUUCAGCCCAUGUUGCAGGUGGUCUGCCGAGCACUGUCGGAUGAAAGUCAGGUUGUGCGCAAUGCGGCGCUCUUCGCCCUUGGGCAGUUCUCUGAGAAUCUGCAGCCAGACAUUGCUCGUUUCUCGGACGACAUAAUGCCACUCCUCCUGCGCUACCUGGAGGGAGUCCAGCUGGCCCACACCACCCACUUAGCCAAGGCCUACUAUGCUCUGGAGAACUUUGUGGAGAACCUCGAAGACAAGAUCUCACCCUACCUCCCAGCUUUGAUGGAGCGGAUGCUUAGUACCUUGACCUGUCCUGGGAGUCCGCGCACCAAGGAGCUGGCUGUUAGUGCCAUUGGGGCCAUUGCUCAGGCUGCGAAGGAAUCUCUCCUACCAUAUUUCCAAGCCAUCAUGGAGCACCUGACAGGUUACAUGCUCACGACCCGGGAAGACCUCAGACCUGUCCAGAUUCAGUCUGUAGAGACGGUAGCUAUCCUUGCCAACGUCCUGGGCAAAGACAUCUUCCUGCCGCUUUCCGAGAAGUGCUGCCAGCUCGGGCUGGACCUCUGCGACAGAGUGGACGACCCAGACUUGCGGAGGUGCACGUACAGUCUUUUUGGCUCUCUGGCGAAUGUCAUGGGGGAUUCAAUCACACCAUACCUGCCUCGCAUCACCACUCUUUUGCUUUAUUCCCUCAAAUCCACUGAGGGCAUCAAGCCCCCCCUCAAUUCUGGAAAUUCUUUCCUUUUGUUUGAUGACGAGGAAGAGGAGGCGGAGGUGGAGGGAGAAGAAACCCUUACUGAUGAGGAAGAUGAAGAAGACCCUGAGCUGAUGGGGUAGCUUUCUCAUUCACGG